UCCGCCCGGCGGUCGCCUCUCGUGCAGCUCUAGGGGGGCGGCCGGGGUGAGGUGAAUGCGAGCUGCGGGGGGAGGGGAGGCUCGCGCCCAUCCUAGGGCAGAGGGUGGGCCGGAGACGCCCUGCUCGGGAGCCCCUGGGCAGAGAUUUCUCUAAACCUGUGGUCGCAUGAAAAUUUCUCAGGUGAAAAGGGAUCACAAGUUGAGAAAGUUUAAGAAGUUUUGAUAUAUAACAUGGACAAGUGUGUUCAGGGACCAGGGGGGAGAAACCCCUCUUACAGGUGUCCAUCUGGAGGUGAUGAGGCAAACAAGGAGACUGAAAAGUAGGAGAUCUACCUAGGUUGGAACUCACUCACCACAUUCUACCAUGGCCACCACCCUUGAGUCCCCAGUUCAGUCUCCAACAGAGCAGGAGGGACUCCUCAUAGUGAAAUUAGAAGAAGAUUCUUCCUGGAAACAAGAAUCUUCUCUUUGGGGAGAUGAACUUGAUCUUGAGAUCUCCCGUCAGCGCUUCCGGCAAUUUCAGUAUCAGGAGGAAUCUGGACCCCACCAAGCUUUUAGCCAGCUCUGGGAGCUUUGUUGUCGGUGGUUGAGGCCAGAAGUACGUAUGAAAGAGCAGAUCUUAGAGCUUCUGGUGCUGGAGCAGUUCCUGAAUAUCUUACCCAGAGAGAUCCAAAGUUGGGUUCGAGAACAUCAUCCAGAGAGUGGUGAGGAGGCUGUUGCUUUGGUGGAGGAUUGGCAUGAAAAUCCGAGGAGAUCACGACAGCAGAUUACUGCCAAUGCCCAUGGAAAGGAAGUGGCCUCAAAGGAGUCUAAGCCUUUGGGAACAGGGAAGGAUUCAGAGAUAGCGCCCAUGGACUGCCUGUUUAAGGGACAAACCCAGAAAAAGCUGCUGCAGAAUUCCUGCUCAGGGCUGCCUGAGCAGUGCCAGCUCAAGGAGGAAUCAAGAACUCUUAAAGAGAAUGCUGUCCUUGCUCCCCGGGUUCCUGCUCUGCCUAAGAUGGGUAGUGUUGGUGACUGGGAGAUGGCGGCUGAGUCCCAGGUAACAGAUGAAGAUGCAUCGUUGUACUUCUCUGCAAGCAAUGAGAACCCUUCUCAGAAGGCUGUCUGCAAGAAUACCACAAGAGAGAGUUAUGGAAAUGAGCUUUCACUGGUUUUGAAAUCUAACAGCAUCUCCUGGCCAGAGCAAGGAAGAGAGCCAUGUAUACCAAACCUUCUGCACUCUGGGAAAAGAGAGAACCCUGCAGAUCAUAGUACAUGUGAAGAACAAGUGAGACUAGGGCAGACAUCCUCUGUGAAGGAAGGAAAAUCCUGGGAAGAACAGGAACAGUGGGAUAUGGAGGACAUGAGGGUGACUGGAGUACACUGGGGCUAUGAGGAAACAAAGACUUUCCUUGCAAUCCUUGGUGAGUCUCCAUUUUCUGAAAAACUUCGGACCUGCCAUCAGAACCGCCCUGUGUACCGGGCCAUCUCUGAGCGAUUGCGAGAACGGGGUUUCCUGCGAACCCUAGAGCAAUGCCGGUAUAGGAUCAAAAAUCUUUUAAGAAAUUAUAGGAAAGCCAAGAGCAGCCAUCCCCCUGGUACUUGCCCUUUCUAUGAGGAGUUGGACACUCUGGUGAAGGCUCGGACUGCUGUCAGAGCCACAGGCGUCUCAGAGAAGGCUUCAGGCCUUCCCAGGUUGGGGGAUAGUGAUGCUGAGACAGAAGAGCAGGAAGAAAGGAACUGGGAACACGAGAGAGCUACUGAGGCUACCACAGCGGAAGACUGUAAAAGGAAUGAGAUGGUCAUUGGAGAACCAAUCCAGCGACCCAAGAUGUCUAGUGGCUCAGCCUUUUUCCAAAGUCGUGUUGCAGGUGUGCACUGGAGCUAUGAAGAAACCAAGAUUUUCCUUGCCAUUCUUGGUGAAUCUCCAUUCUCCAAAAAACUUCAGACCUGUCACCAGAAUAGCCAAGUAUAUCGUGCCAUUGCUGAGCGUCUGCGCCAACGGGGUUUCCUCCGGACACUAGAACAGUGUCGCUACAGGUUCAAAAACCUCCUACGAAGUUACCGGAAAGCUAAAAGCAGUCAGCCCCCAGGGGUUUGCCCCUUUUAUGAAGAACUGGACACUCUCAUGCGUGCACGAGCAGUUCUCAGAAGUGCCCACCUCUCAGAAAGGCCAGGAAGGAGAGAUGCUGAAGAAUUGGACCAAAGGACCUGGAGACAGGAGGAGGAAGAGGAGGAAGAAGAGGAGGAGGAGGAGGAGGAAGCAUCCAAAGAGGAUGAGGGCAGUGAUGUGCCAGCCCAGCAUUUUAAAACCCUUGAUACUGCAGCUCCAUUUAAAAGCUGCAUUGGUCUGGACGUGAAGUGUGAGAAUGAAGAACAGAAUUCAAAGCAGGAUGUUUCUGAGGAGCUGCAUAAGACAUCAUCAAAACAUUUUGAAGAAGAUGUGCAGCAGUCUGUUUGGGGAAAAGACAGUGAAGAUGAAUAUGAAUCAUCAAGACAGUAUGAAAGUUCCUCAGAGGAACAGUGGGAGAAAUGUUCUGAAGAGGAUUUAGAAAAACUAAUAGAUCAUCAGGGACUGUACCUAGCAGAAAAACCCUACAAAUGCAAUACAUGUGUGAAAAGUUUCAGUCGGAGCUCUCAUUUUAUUGCACAUCAACGAAUCCACACUGGUGAAAAACCCUACAAAUGUCUUGAAUGUGGGAAAAGCUUCAGUGACCGUUCUAACCUCAAUACUCAUCAGAGAAUCCAUACUGGAGAGAAACCUUACAAAUGUCUUGAAUGUGGAAAAAGUUUUAGUGAUCAUUCAAACCUAGUUACUCACCAGAGAAUCCAUACAGGAGAAAAACCUUAUAAAUGUAGUGAGUGUUGGAAAAGCUUCAACCAGAGUUCAAACCUUAUUAAACAUCAGAGAAUCCACAUGGGAGGAAAUACUGAUAGAUUUAGUGAACAUGGAGUAAGCUUUGCUAACAAUCCAUCUUUGAGGGCACACUUGAAGAUCUCUGAGCAGCUUGAAGGAGAAAACAAUUUCAGUAUGAACUUAACUUGUUCUGGGCCCCAGAGAGCUGACUCUGGAGAAAAACCCUUUGAAUGUCAUGAAUGUGGAAGAAGCUUCAGUAAGAGCUCAGCCCUUACUAGUCACCAAAGAAUUCAUACAGGGGAGAAACCUUAUGAAUGUGCAGAAUGUGGGAAAAGCUUCAGUAAAAGCUCAACCCUUACUAACCAUCAAAGAGUCCACACAGGUGAAAAACCAUAUAAAUGUGUUGAUUGUGGGAAAUGCUUCAGUGAACGUUCAAAGCUUAUCACUCAUCAGAGAGUUCACACGGGAGAGAAACCCUAUAAAUGUGUGGAGUGUGGGAAAAACUUCCGUGAUCGUUCCAACCUCAUUACGCACCAUAGAAUUCACACAGGAGAGAAACCAUAUAGAUGUGGUGAGUGUGGGAAAUGUUUCAACCAGAGCUCAAGCCUUAUUAUACACCAGAGAAUCCAUACUGGAGAGAAACCCUACAAAUGUACUGAGUGUGGAAAAGACUUCAACAACAGUUCACACUUCAGUGCCCACCGGAGAACACACACUGGGCGUAAAGUUAUAUAGGAGAGAAAAACCAAGUUUUUAUUUUAUUUUUCGAGCAUCAUAUAUUUGCUAGAAAAGUGCUUUUUAAAGCUUUAGGCUCAGUUCAUCCUAGGGAAACAAUACUGGUAUAAAGGCAAGCAACUUGGAGGUGAAUAGUUGAAUAUUAAAACACAUUUCACAAAAACAAUUUGCUUUUGUGUUGGGGGAAAACACAACAACUCAAACAUGUUUCUUAGGCCAAUCUUACCUUGGCUAAUGAAAAAUGUUGGAGCUAAGCAAGUAACUUUGCAAUUAGACCAAUGAAUUAUUGGUCUAAUACAGACAAGCCAUUAUUAGUAUGGGAACUUUCUCACCCAUUUCAGGAAUCAUGUAUGGAAUUGAAGCAAUAAAAAAAAUUACUACAUUAUCAUAGAUUUCUGAAUUUCAGCAAACCUAAAGCACUUAACUGAAAACAUUUCAACCUCACUUUACAACCUUACAAGACAAAUAUAAAUUUUUUUCCUUCUAUUUAUAAAUGGGAAAAUAAAUGAUUAAAACAAAAGUCUUGAAUGUAGCUCAAACAUUGUUAACACAACAGUGGAAUACAUAGAGGAGAAAAGCUUGUUAAAUCUGAUGAAAACAUAGCUUUUAGUCUGAUGGGAAACAGCUCAGUAGGGAGAUAAGUCUGGGGGGACUCCUUUCCAUCCUUGGUGCCAUACUAGCAGACUAGCUGAGUCAUUAUGGGGAGGCUCAGGGGUUUUUUGUUGGUUUUUUAAACUGGUGUGGUGGUGUUGCAAGUAUUUCUACAGAGUAUGGGGGAAAUGCUGAUGGUGAUAUUACCUCAUAUUCUUCAUGCCAACCUGUUUUGGAAUUCUGCCUGGGAAUGAAAAUUAUGCCUAAUUAUUUUACUUAUCUUAAUAAAGUAGAAUUUAGUCGUUGUGAUUGUCUUAAGAUUAUUAAGGCACAGAUAAAUAGUUGGUGGAGGAUCACAUUGAUGUGUUGUAUGCAGAUGGAUUUCUCUAUUCUUAAUCUUCAACUUUGCUGAUAGUCAUUUCUUCACUAUUAAUGGAAAUCUGUUGGAAUCUUUGUGGUCUUGAACCAUAUUGUAAAUAAAGAAACUUAUUUAUGUGAUGGAAAAUAUGGAGUACCAUCACCCAGAGUUUAGGGUGACUCAAUUGUCUUAGAAAGUAACUGCUGAUGGAACUGAUAGGGAAAGGAAGCAGUCAUUUAUUAGAUGACUAGCUUGAAAUUCUCAGUGUACAUUAAAAGGAUUGUGAACCUCAGUCUUUUUUCUUGGUUCCUAAGAAAUGCCAUUCUGAGACAAUUUAUAAUUCUUCUGGGGUCUCAAGAAAGGUCGGAAUGUCCAGGGACUUUCACACAAGUCCUGUUCCUGGAACAUGGACAGUGAGAUGUCAUUGCAUAUUUCUAGUGCCAGUGACUCACUUUGUCUUUAGUAGAUGUUGGCGAGCUCUGGCAAGUUGAGAUGUUUAUAGACACUACUGUGCCCUCAACUGUUCAGUAUUUCACACGGGAUAGGCUAGGGGUGCCAAGAAUUCUGCUGCUAGAAGGCAAAUAACUCCUAAAAGUUUAGAGCUUCAUUGCCAGUUUUUGGAAAAAAUAUUUGACAUAUCUUUCAAAUAUUUCUUAAACUGACAGAUUUUUUUAAAAGAAGUUUAAACAUUUUGCAGUAACAAAAGAAAGUGAUUAUUUUCCACAGUGAAUGUGUUUGUUAUUUCACACAUCUUUAGGAGUUGGUAACAAGUGAAAUUUCAGAGGCUAUUAUUUGCUUUGCUAAAAGAAAAAGCCUCAUUUUUGCCUAACAGAUUAAAGUGGUCAACUCCUACCCCCUGGCUACAUAUAUUGACUUGGAAACAAAAAGGAAAACCCCAUAUAAUUUUUGGAGAAAGUAAGGAGUUUCUUACUCUUAAAACAAUCAGUUCUGGCCAAAAGGACAAAACAUACACUCAUAUUUUUCAGUGUCCUCUCAGGUAGAUGAUGUGGAACCUGAUGGAGGCACCACCCACAGCAUGGGAAGAACGGUGAGUAGAGACUAAUAGCCAGGAAAACUUCCAGCAAUGUCUCUGACUUCUUUCUGUCUCCUUGUGCUUCUGCUUCCAUCUUCCUGACGGAAAGACCAUCCUAGAAUAAUUUUAUUUCUGGUACCUAUAGGAAAUGGUGUGUGAGUCCAAGAUUUGAGAUUGCUCUAAUAGAAUAGUUGUUAAUGAUUCCUCUCCCCAUCAGCAUUUCUCAGCAUUAUUCCUUUCCAAAUUUUGAUUUGAGUGACUUCUCCUGGUCACAAACAUCUGUCGGCUCCUACUUUUGUGCCUUUUACUCCUUCACAUAGGCAGGAGAAAUGACUUAUUCUGGGUUCUCUGCCUUUGCGGAGGAAAAACAACAAUAAUCUCGAUGAAUGCUGGUGAUUUGGAAAGUGAAUAGGUAAGAAAAAUUCUUCUGGAACUGGGAUUAGGAUUUCUUGGCUAUGACUUACAAUUUAAGAAAACCAAGCUCCUGGCCAGAGAUGGCAUGUACCUACCAAGGGGUAUUAACAAUGUGUUCAUCUGCUUCCUUACAAAUCUAAUCAAAAAAUAUUUUAAACUGAAAGGGAAAGGGGAAGGAAGGAAGAUAUAAGAAUAAUUGCAGUUGAGAUCUCAGGAAGAUAAGAGGAGAAAAAGUUCAGGAAAGGGGUAAAUGACCAUCUCUACCCUCAUACCAGUCACACUGAACAGCAAAAACAUAACUUUCUGGAUUUCAUCAUGAAGCAUUUCUCUACCCAAGACCUUCCAUGUGACUCACACCUGGGCUUUAUUCUUCACACACAUUAAAAAGCCCACCUGUUGUGUAGUUAUCUGCAAGGAGCGAGGAAGCAGCCAAUAUUCUACGUAAUUUACACUGUUUAUGUAGCACCUGGGGUCCACAACUCACAGUUAUGUCCCGAAGGGAAUGAUGACCCUAGUUUAAAGGUAUAUCUUCUAAAAUUAGCUCACAAACCCCUAUCUAUGUAUUUACCCACAGCAGUCAGCCAGCA